AAUCUACAGUGCAAAUAAAAGCAACCUUCUGAAUAACCGGAAGACUCCAUGGAGAGAAUGGACAGACAAUUGAAUGAAAUAAGUGUCCUCAAGUAAUAAUGCAACUUUUUGCCCUCUCUUGUCAAACUGAUGACAGAAGAAUUCCAGGUUCCUGUGAAUGAGUAAAAAAUGUUCCUUCAGAUUGUGGACUUGUCUUCCUAAGGGAUUAUUAUGUAUGCUGUCACUGAGUGUGGGAAACCAUGACUUGUUCAACUCGGAAAUCGCAACAUCUGUGACACACACAGGAAACCUGGUUCUAAUAUGAGAAGUCACUCCUAUCCGGACUAGAUGGACCCAAGAAACAAUGUAACUUACUUUGUCCUCUUGGGCCUCACCCAGGAUCCAAAGGAACAGAAGGUCCUUUUUGUUAUGUUCUUGCUCUUCUAUAUUUUGACUGUGGUGGGCAACCUGCUCAUUGUGGUGACUAUAGCUGUCAGUAAGACCCUGGGCUCGCCUAUGUACUUGUUUCUUGCUAAUUUAUCUUUUAUGGAUGUCAGUUAUUCUUCUUGCAUUUGCCCUAGAUUGAUUUCAGACUUGUUGUUUGGAGAAAAUACCAUAUCCUUCCAAUUUUGUAUGACCCAGCUAUUUACAGAGCACCUUUUUGGUGGGUCUGAGGUCUUUCUUCUGCUGGUGAUGGCCUAUGACCGUUAUGUGGCCAUCUGCAAGCCCUUGCAUUAUUUGGUGAUCAUGAGGAAGUGGGUGUGUGUUGUGCUGCUGGGAGUAUCCUGGGUUGGAGGUUUUCUGCAUUCAGUAAUUCAAGUUAGCACUAUUUAUGGGCUCCCAUUCUGUGGUCCCAAUGUCAUUGAUCAUUUCAUCUGUGAAAUGUACCCCUUAAUGGAACUCAUCUGUACUGACACAUAUGUGAUUGGCCUGUUAGUGGUGGCCAAUGGAGGGAUGAUCUGCACUAUUGUGUUUGUGUUCUUGCUCAUCUCAUAUGGCGUCAUCCUGCACUCUCUGAAGAACCUUAGUCUGGAAGGGAGGUGGAAAGCCCUCCAGACCUGUGGUUCCCACAUCACGGUGGUGGUCUUCUUCUUUGUUCCAUGUAUUUUCAUGUAUGUAAGACCUGCUAAGACCUUCCCUAUUGACAAAUCAUUGAGUGUGUUUUUUACAGUCAUAACCCCCAUGCUGAACCCAUUGAUUUAUACUCUGAGAAAUUCUGAGAUGACAAAUGCUAUGAAGAAGGUCUGGAGAAGAAAUGUUAUAUCUUUUAGUAGAUAA